AUGGAGACUGCACAAACCUUUGUCCCGACGACGCUCUUCCACGACUCGUCAUCAAAGACUUCCUUCUCUCAAUCCAUCUCCACCGCCACCACCACUACUACCAACACCUUUUCGGCAUCAUUUAGAAUGUCUAUCCCCCGUCGAAAAGGCGGGUCCAUCUCGCAUGCUCCGUCCAACAUCUUGCUCCCCACGGCCGACUUUUCGGGCAUGACCAUCGGGUCCCCGAGCCCGGGGUUGACUACACCAGGAAUCGGAGCGAAUCAUUUGGGCAUGUCUAGCAAUGUCAGUCUGAGCGGGACGACGGUAGUCGAUAUCCAGAUGGGACCGACCACCAACACGCUGGCGGCCAAGACAGCCAGUAUGGCAGGGCCGCAGACCAUGUUCGAGAUGUGUUCCGAGACUAGGCGUCGAUUGAGACGGGUCAACGGGUAUGAUCGGUUCAUCGAACUGCCUUCGGGUGCCCCCAAGAUGGACGUGAUGCAGCACGUAUGGCAGUCGUUCCGACUAGGGACGUCACUCUGUCACCUCUUCAAUAUGCUCCUUCCCAACUUUAGCUACGACGCGCCUAUGCCCAUCUCCAUCGAGUUUCCCGACUUUGAUUUUGAAGGACCCGAAGGAAGGGGAGUCUACGCGUGGGCAAGGGAAAAGGACAACCUGAAAAAGUGCAAAAAGGGAGCGGCCAACUUUAUCAUGCGGAUGACCGAGUUGAAGAAGAGCGGACGUUGGCCCGAGGAGGAUCCGUUGUGGUCCGUCAUGGAGCUCUUUGGCGAGGACACCGGCGGGCUCAAGCGGGUACUUCACACCGUGAUCAACCUACUCGACCGGUUACCCGAAUCGGCUUGGGUGCAGGAUGAUGUCAAUUCGCCCGCCACGCCGUACAGCACAACGACGCCGCAUACCGGGGAUCAGAACGGCCACGAAUCGUUUGCCAACGCGCCUCCCCUGCCCUCCGGUCACGGCCGGCAUUAUUCGGAAUCGCAACCGAUGGGACGUUCGCCGUCGUCCGCCUCGACGCUGAGAGAGAUGCCUUCUAACAUGUCGAUGAGCUCUCAGUUUCCAAAUACCAGCUCGGGCAGCGGCAUGCCUCGACAGCCGUUGUCGAUCAAUACGUCGUUCGACGGCAAGAACUUUCCGCGGAGUCAUAUGAGCGCCGGACCCGGACCGAUGACGGGGAUGGGGCCAGGACCGAUGGAUGGCGGUGCAAUGGCAGUAGCCGAAAUUCUGCGAACCGAGAAGAAAUACGUCUCGGAUCUCGAGGUCUUGCAGGCAUAUGCCCAAGCUCUGUUACAGCAUUCUAUCGUCGCGCCAGAUACGGUGCAUAUGAUGUUUUCCAAUCUUGGCAAGCUCAUUGACAUCCAGCGACGUUUCUUGACGUGCCUCGAGACUGAAUUCGAGCCCAUGGUGGAGAAGGGUGGCAGUGCCUGGCUUGAAGGGAACUGGGGAUACCCUUUCGCCCUCUUUGAGAAAGACUUCGAGGUGUACGAACCUUAUUGCGCAAACUACAUGAAUGCCUUAGAAUUGGUCGAAAAGGAGACCCCUAACUUACAGCGAGACGUCCUACCGUUGACGGUAGCAGAGCUGAACGCCUACCUUAUCAUACCUAUCCAGCGGAUAUGUCGGUAUCCGAUCUUGCUAGACGCAUUGAUCAAGGGGGCUUCCGACAAGGACUACCCCUACAUGGCCGAGUUAACCAGCGGACACGAGGUUACAAAACGGAUCGCAGAGAGCGUCAACGAAACUAUUCGUCAGAACUCGAAUAUCAGCAUCGUAGCGGAGCUACAAUUCCGUGUGAAGGAUUGGAAAGGUCACCACAUUUCGGAGUUUGGAAACCUCCUCCUGGAAGGUCGGUUCGUGGUCACUAAGGGGGACCUCAAUCGAGACUAUGAGGUAUAUCUUUUUGAGAAGAUGAUCCUCUGCUGCAAGGAGAUCUUGCCAGACAAGAAGGACAAGCGGAGCGGCAAAAGCGGCAGUCUUCUCAAGAAGCAGCACGCCGACAAGCAUAUAUCGGGCCCACCCAAGAAGAAUCCACUCUCGCUCAAGGGUCGGAUCUAUGUCAACAACCUGACUCACCUUCAGAAAGGAACUGCCGAGGGAGAAUAUGCCCUUUCAGUGUAUUGGCGGCAGCAAGAGAACCCGAACGAGUUCGAGAGUUUCGUCCUGCACGUCAAGAACGCCGAGCAAUAUAACCAAUGGGAGGCCGCCCUCACCAAACUCAUGGCCGCUGAUCAAAAGAGGCGUGAAAUGCGGGACAAGGACCGGCAUUCUUUGGGCACCAGUCGCCGACACAUCUCGGCCGCUACCAACUUUGCUGCCACUCCGGCUUCUGAAGGUCCAUCGACCGGGCCCCUGAAUGGCAGCUACUUCGAGCGCGAUCUGGGCUCUGCAGGAUGGGACGACGACGGCGGCACACCCAGCACCAGCGCGAGCAGUACACCGUAUUUGUCGCGACGCACGCUGAGCCAGUCAGGCGUACCUCGGCCUCCAGAUCGUUAUUCGAACAUGAGUGCGAGGUCUUCGAACGACGAUCCCAACGGCUUGCUUAUGGCUCAGUGGCGAUCGCAGCAAAGCGCGGCUCCCAUGCCUCCGAUACCCAUAAGGAACUCGUCGGAAGCUUCGGUCGCGACUGAAGCGUCUUUCGGAAACCCAUCGAGCUUGCCAAGAUCCAGUCUGGGUCGUGGGGGAUUACCUACAAGGAUUGCUCGUGUCAUGUCUGACGACAGCCACGGACCUGCUCUGGCAGCUACUCCAGAAACGUACGAAGCCGGUCAAGAGAUACUGCGCUCCAACGGGGGAGAAACAAAUGGGUCGCGCUACACGAAUGGCGCGGCCGGGGCCAGACCGAUGCACGGGGUCUACCCUUCGGCAUCGCAGUCGCCUUCGCUGAGGAUGAGAAGCGCUUCCAGUCCCAACGUCUACCAGUUGCCCAAGAUCGGAGGCGAUGGACAUAACCCACAGACGUCGCCAAUGCACAGCGCUUCGCCUCUUGGGAUUUACGAUUCGCGAACCGUGACGCCUCACGACUAUGGUGAUCCUGCUGCGCAAUACGCCAAUGACGGUCAUCGAGGGAGCGACCCUAGAUUCAAGUCGAGCAAUAGAGGUAGUGGAUCUACCGAAGGCUCGGACGCCUCGUCACAUUCCCCGAAGACGCCGUUCGAUGGGCAGGUGCCCGACUCCGCCAAGAUCGCCUCGGGUACUUUCACUGGCUCAAGCACGGAUGUAUCACAUUACUCCAAGCAGAAUGUGAUCAUCAAGGUCUUGUCCCCGAACGCCGUCUUCACGCUCGCCGUCUCGCCUGACAUCAGCUGCGAAGAUCUCAAGACCAAAGUCGCCCGCAAAGUGAAUACAUGUGUCGGCGGCACUGUCACCGGCGUCCUCAAGUGCUACUACCGGGACGAAGACGACGAUCGGCUCUUGCUAAACAGCUCGGACGAUGUUCAGACCUUGUUCGAGCCCUUCAUGAAGGGCGUCAGGCGGGAAGUAGAGUUGGAAGUCAAGCAGUAG